CUUAAAGCACAUACCUUCAUCAGCGGCAACGUCUGCUGCUAAUUACUGAAGUACUGAAACGGUUUAUUUUAGCAGCUUAUCUUAUGGAAACGGAGCUCUGCAGAAAUGUGUGCGAAUGUCUUCGGCAUGUUAAAAAGCCUCUUUGGGAAGCCCUUUGAUGGUGGGAAGAGGAAUAUGGAUCAUGGCAGCCAGCAACAACAGCAGCAGCAGACCCAGUACAUGCCAGGGCCAUUCCAGGCCUACAUGGGGCCCCAGGGUCCAUAUCCUGGGCCCCACCCCACCCUGAUGCGACUUGACGAGCUGCAGAGGGAGCUGGCGACACUGGGGCAGCAAGUGUGCUCUUUUAGCGGCUUGCAGAGUGAUAGAGAGUACAGACGACUGGAACGUGACCUGGCACAGUUACAGCUGGAGGUGGAUCAGGUGGAGACAGAGGGGCGCAUCGACCUGCAGCAAGCACGAAAGCGGGCAGCAGGGGAGGUCGAGGGGUUGCUACGCUACAUGGAGGGCAAUGCCACCCACCCAUCUCGAUUAGUGAUAGAGGAGCUAAGACAAGAGGCACAAAAGCUCCUGCUGGCAGGGGUGGUGGCUCCAUUUCGGCAGGGCCAGGCUGAGGAUACUGGUGAGACCGGUGAGGAGCUGGUGGAGGCUGUGCAAGAUGUGGCCAUGCGUCUGGCCCAAGUUAAGACAGGAGGCAGCGUGCCCCUCAGAAAGGCCCGUUACCGUGCCCUUACUCGUGUUUGUGCUGUACAAGAAGUGCUGGAGGGCCGUGUCCGUACACACACACUUGCAUUGCCUCUGUCGGAUGACACCCAUGAGGCCGUGCAGCGCAUUAAUCAAGUAAUGGUGCAGGUGAGUGGUGCUCGCUGCCAGUUGGUGGCUUUGCUGAUGGGGUUGAGUGGACGGGACAGCUGCACUCACCUAGCUCGAGUUCUCACUGAGCUGUUGGUGGAGCUGGAUUCUCUGGAUGUCUCCAGUAACUCAGCCGUCAGGAACUAUAGAAAGCAGGUGGUAGAGGAGAUCAACGGUCUUCUUAAACACAUUGACCUGGAGGGGGAAGGAGAUGACACUCGCAGGUAUGACUUGACGCGCAAUGAUUCCAUCCGUGAGAUUGAGACCAUCCGGGGACGUGUGUCUGUGCUGCGGGGAGAGGUACUCAGACAGGGUGUGGUGGGUCAGGGCCCAGAGCUGCAGAGUCUUCUUACUCGUCUGGACCAGGUGGACACAGGGCGGAACCCCUGCAUCAGAGAAGCAAGACGAAGGGCUGUCCUGGAAAUCCAGGCUGUCAUUACCUACCUGGACCUCCGGGAAGCCCUAGGACACCGAAGUCCUGGACCAGAUGAACCACUCCCUCAUGCAGCUGUGUGGCACGUCCUCGCCAGCCUCUCCGACCUGCACUCUCAGGUGCUUGGGUUUGAUGGAAAGAGAGUCGAUAAGAGCUACAUGCUUCUGGAGGAGUUACUAACCAAACAGCUUCUGGCUCUUGAUGCUGUGGACCCUCAGGGGGACCAGGGAACUAAAAUGGCUCGCAAACAGGCGGUCAAAUAUGCCCAGAACAUUUUGAGCUACCUAGAUAUGAAAACAGAUGAGUGGGAAUACUGAGAAAGUGUUGAAAACCAGUGGAAAGUGAUUAAAGUUUUAAGUGCUUUGAAAA